CUGACAGCCGAUCACAGGUACAGAGGGCUCGAUAUGAAGCGGCCAAAUGGAAAUACACCUACGGAUACGAGAUUCCCGUAGACGUCCUCUGUAAAAGGAUGGCAGACAUAUCUCAAAUGUCCAGGAGACUUUGGAAACCCAGCGUGAAGAAGAUCGCGGCGCUCCGCUCUCGUAUGUUAGAGGAGUACGAACAACUUCUCAAGGUCCGAGCGGAAGUCAUGGCAACCCAGACACAGGAAGUGGAGAAACUCCAGAGAGAGAUGGAACAACUCCACCAGAGUUAUGCGGAGCAGAUCAAAGUGUUCCAAACUAAAGUGGAGGAACAGUCAGAAGAAGCCAUGCAGACUAGACUAAAGGAAGAGCAUGAAAAAGAAACCCAGGAUUUAAAAGAUCAUUAUGAAUCUCAAAUAAAAGAACUACGCAGUCAGCUAGAAGCCACAACACAGGAAGUGACAUCACUGAAAGAGGAAGUGACCUCACAAAGUGAAGAACAGAAUCAAGAAAGCAGUGAACAGAGUGAAGCAAAGGCAACAGUAGACAGUGACAGUAGGAUCCAGGAAUUAGAAAAAAUACUGGAGGAAAAAUCCAAUGAAAUUGCUGAACUUCAGGAGAAACUAGAAUUAGAGUCUCAACUAAAUAUAGAACUUAGGGAGAAAAUGACCUUGACAGAAAGCAAGGUCACAGAGAUGGAGCAAAUGAUGCGUGAAAAACAGUGCCAUAUUGAAGAAAUGAAUAACAGAUUGAAGGAAAAAGAGGCCAUAUUGAAGAUUCUGGAGAGAGAGAAGGAAGAAGUGGAGGAGAAGUGUAGGAGAGACCUGGCAGAGUGUGAAGAGUCGAGCGAGAGAACGACAGGCGAGAUCAGUGAUAAACUGCUGAAACUUCAACAAGAGCUGGACGCAUCACUGGAGCAGGAGAGAGUGUUAGAGGAGCAGUAUGAUGAACUACAGCAUCAGCAUAGGGAGCAGAUAGUAGGCAUUAAAGCAGGUGAGAGAGAGUUAGAGAGAGAGUAUAAGAGGAGCAGUAUGAUGAACUACAGCAUCAGCAUAGGGAGCAGAUAG